GUCCUGACUGACGCUCACGUUUUCAAGAUGGCGGCCUCCAUCUCCGGAUUAUUGAAACCUUGGACGCCGAGAGUGUUCCUGGUGAGAUGGAGCAGAUACAACCCUUACUAUCUGGAGCCGGAGGUCAGGAGGGAGGCCUACGUCACACCGGAGACGGAGCUGAGCGCCGAGGAGAAGGAGCAGCGGGAGCUCAAAGCGCUCCGACCCAUCAAGGCCGCAACCAGCGGAGUCACCAGCUCCGUUUUCAGCGACCCCGUCCUCAGUAAGUUCAUCAACAUGAUAAUGACGGACGGAAACAAGACUCUGGCCAGAGAGAUCAUGACAGACACCAUGGAGAGCAUAAAGAGGAAACAGGUGGAGAAAUACCACAAAGCUCCAGCAGUGAAGAAGGAGGAGAUCCAGUGUAACCCCUACGCCAUUUUCCACCAGGCUCUGGAUAACUGCAAGCCUGUCGUCGGGCUGGCCAGCAUACAGAAAGGUGGAAAGUACUACCAGGUGCCCAUCCCUCUAUCGGACAACCGACGCCGCUUCCUCGCCAUGAAGUGGAUGAUCGAAGAGUGCCGGGACAACAAACACCGACGCAUGCACAUGUACGAGAAACUCUCCCAGGAACUGCUGGCGGCGUCCGUGAAGGAGGGGAACGUCAUCAAGAAGAAGUUUGAGCUGCACAAGAUGGCCGAAGCCAACAGAGCCUACGCCCACUACCGCUGGUGGUAGGAAGAAACCAGACUGGACACGCUGCUGUAAAUACAAACGCCAUGAAGAUCCUCCUGUUGGAAGGACUACGCUGUAAAGUGAAACAUAAAGGGUGACCAGGACGACUGUCACUCUCUGCAUUGUGUACAAUAUACAGACACCAUUAAGGGAAAACUUCCAAGAUUUAUUAGAACAAUCUAAAUGUCAUUAAAUGUACAACCCAACCAUAAAAAAAUGGAAUAGAGAAAUGUAAAAAUGUUGCAACAGUAAUAAAAUAUAAGAACAGAUUAUUAGGUCGUUAAGGGACUCAUUUAACUGUUCAGGAUCCGUGUAAUAAAUCACGUUUGUUUCAUUAACUUGGUCUGAAGCUGGUGAAAAAUAUCAAAAACCUUCAACUGAAAUCCUCCAAAAGUAUUUGUGGAAAUAUAAAACACGUUUCCUAAAUCCUGACCAGGACUGGGCUUUUAACUCAAUUAUUUUUUAACAUUGGAGGUGGAGCUUUCUGCCAAUUAUACUAUAUAUAAUCUAUAUAUAUAUAUAUAUAUAUAAUAUUAUAUAUUGUACUCUCUUUCAAAGAGAUGUACAUUUUUUUUACCCCAGGACAUUUGUCCUCCAUGCUCGUCUGUCUGAUCUAAAGGCACAGCUCUGGUUAAAGAUUGUAAAGCUUUGAGUGUCAACAAACGUUAAACAGACUCGGAUGUGAAACUGAAACCAGCUCCAGACUGGAGAGUGACCAGUGCUGGUGGUGCUGAGCUCAGAGGAAAUGACUUCUUUACUGGUUGUAUACUUAAGACGCUCCUGUUUAUAUGUGAAUGGAGGAUAAACAUUCCUCCAGCAGAGGUGAGAGUAACUAAGCACAUUCACAGAAGAACAAUUUUGAGGUAAAUAUUGUACAUUUUACUGCACAACCUGUUGAUUUGAUAACUUUAGUUACUAGGAUUCAGAUUAAUAAUAUUAUUUCCAGCUACCCUGCUAUUUAAUUUAAUAAAUGCAUCAAUAAUUAGAAUCCAAUAAUAUGAUAUGUACGAUUCUAAAAUGGGUAAUCCAAAAAAAAAAGAAAAUGUUGGCACGAGUUGUUGGACAAAUGAAUCUUUUGAAUCCAGAAGUUUGUUGAAUAUCCGAUUGAUUUUUCGGUAGAAACAAGUUAGAAUAUGUAACUAAGCUCUUGGUCUUUUUUGUGUUAGUGGAGAUGUAACAAAGAAUGAAACUAAAAGAAGGUUCCUGAAUGAAGACGCAUCAAUGAAUGUAACUAAAACAGCCUCAUGUUACGACAGAAACAGAAACAGGAAUCCUACAAUGAGGCAGAACAUCGCUCUGAACAGCAACUCAAACCUUUUGUAAAAGUCAAUUCCACACAAAAAAAUGGUCAACUAUAUUAUUAAAAUAUUGAUUCUCAAUUAAAUUUGGUCACACAACAAAAACAAAUCAAUCAGCUUGUAUCUUACUGGAAUGUCUGUUCAGAGUCCUUUGGAUUUAGUAAAAAAUAAGUUGGACUUUGAAACGCUUCUUCAAAAUCAGGAAUGCCUGCAAGAUCAAUAAAAAAAAACAUAAAAAAUAUCUUCAGCUUCUUUUAAAACAAAGUGCACCUGAAUGUGGCUAAACCUCGUUAACUUAACUUCAGCGCCGUGUGAACUAUUGCACAAACCACAUCCACGGCAACGCGUCUCCGUAAGGAUCUCAAACGCAGGGAACAAUCCAGCCAAAUCAAAAACAGGCUUUUUACAGUUUAUGAACCUCCAUCUUCUCAAAACCCUCCAAUGUUCUCCUGGACGAUGUCGAUGUCCUUCAUGAAAGCUGCUGGUUUUAUAAUCGGGUGAUUAAGGAGAGGUAUCCAAGGUCUUUGAAGUGUGGCUAACGUAACUGUAGAAACAGCUGC